CUUUUGGUUCCUUCCUGAAACGAUUUCCUGCAAUAAAAUGUUGGCUGGCAAUGACCUGAACACUGAGCAAAACCUGAAAAAGUUCAAAUCUGACCUACAGUUUUACAGCUCAACUCAUACAAAAGGAAAACAUGACAAUAAAGGUGUUUGUUGUCACCUGAAAGGGGGAGGAGCCUAAGGUGUUGGUGGUUUCAAACAGACCUGGAGCUCAGGGUCUGAAGAGAGCAGCGCUGGCCGGCAUCCUGACCAGGGUUGUGGAUCACAAGCUGUAUGGCAGCAGAGCUGAGUUUGAUGCCACCAUUGACCUUCUCCUUAAAGAGUUUGGAGUGGAACUGGUCUGCCUUGCUGGUUUCAUGAGGAUCCUGACUGGGAUCUUUGUGAAAAAAUGGCAUGGGAGGCUCCUCAACAUUCAUCCCUCCCUGCUGCCUUCAUUCAAAGGGGUCAAUGCCCAGCAACAGGCUCUCCAGGCCAGAGUGCUGAUAACUGGGUGCACCGUCCACUUUGUAGCUGAAGAGGUUGAUGCAGGCGCCGUCGUGGUCCAGGAAGCCGUUCCGGUGUUGGUUGGAGACACAGAGGAAAGUCUGUUGGCCAGAAUCAGGGAGGCCGAGCACAAAGAGUUCCCUAAAGCUCUGGAGCUGGUGGCCAGUGGAGCGGUGCAACUGGGACCAGAUGGAAACAUAGUCUGGAAGCAAGAGCGUUGAACUGUCUCUACUAAUGCAUGUCUGACUAAUGAUCAGAAACCAUAGUUUACAAUAAAGUACAUCACUGUCAAUUGUA